UGAAAAUGGUCACCUCAUGAGUCAGCUUGCAGCAAAACGGAGAACAAUCCUGUCGUAUCAUAUCAAAUCCACAGAAAAAAAGGAACAUAAUCCCGUUGUGCCGGAUUUUGACCCGUGUUCCUCCCGGUCUUUGUUCCUUCUUCAUAGGCCAGCCGAUCCAUGUGUGGCCAUUUCUGAUUGAGCAUGGUGACAAGCAUGACGACCACGACGACGAGCAGUAGCACCACCACCUCCUCAGCUGGGGUCAGCACGGCUAACGCGAACCUCACGCCCAUGGACAAUGCUUCAGCCGCCUCGGCUGCCGCAGCCACCGGCUUAUCGACCACUGGCAGUGGGCCCUCACUAGCGCCCAUGGAGCCGGUCAGCGCGCCGGCGCUGCAUCCGCUUCGACGUAACUGCGCUGGUACGCCUGCCCGGGAUUUCUGCGCCUGGCCCCUGGAGUCCUUUGAUGAGAUGGAUUCCACGCUGGCUGUUCAACAAAUGAUCCAGCAAUCCAUCAGGGCGCACGUAGAGGAUGUGGAAGGCAUUCUACGAGCGCCCGAUACGCAAGACGAGGGUGUGUGGAAAUACGAGCACUUGCGACAGUUCUGCAUGGAGCUGAAUGGGCUAGCCGUGUUGUUGCAAAGCGAGUGUGUGCCCGAGACGUGCACGCAGAUGACCGCCACGGAGCAGUGGAUUUUCUUAUGCGCAGCCCACAAGACGCCCAAGGAGUGCCCGGCUAUAGAUUAUACCCGGCAUACGCUGGAUGGAGCGGCGUGUCUAUUGAACUCGAACAAGUAUUUCCCGAGUCGCGUGUCUAUCAAAGAGAGCUCGGUGGCCAAGCUAGGCUCGGUGUGCCGGCGAGUGUACCGCAUCUUCUCGCAUGCCUAUUUCCAUCAUCGGCAGAUUUUCGACGAUUUUGAGGCGCAAACGUGUCUGUGUCGCCGUUUCACGGUGUUUGUGACCAAAUACAAUCUAAUGUCCCGGGACAAUCUCAUCGUGCCCAUGUUGGAGCAAGACCUCGAGGCUGGCGAGUCCGAGGCCUAACCGAAUUGUACCAGAGUCGCGAAAUCGAGUUCGUCCUCCCACAUACGGUCUUAUCAAUUGUCAUCAACACACACACUUUCUAUCUUUAGUCACGUGCUACUUUGUCCCCGCUUUUUCAAGGAAAGCUAAUUUUGAAACACGGCUGAAGCUCGGCUCGGGUCCAUUUUAUUUUAGCGAUGAAGGAUCGCCUCUGGGCCCUUGAACGGCCCUCUCGUUGCAACUUGAUUUUGGAGCAUGUGGUGACCCAUCGCCAGAUGAGUAUCCUGGAAGGCCAAACGCCCACCUAUUGUAUAUUGGAAAUCGUACUUGUUCUUUUUUUUUUGUUUGUGUCGACUCUUAUUAUUAACGCCCAUGUCCAGCAAUCCGUGCAUCGCCCUAAUAAAUUCGGAGCAUAAGUAGGA